AUGCCUCUGUAUGCAAAAUUCCUAAAGGAGCUUAUCAACAAGAAGAGGAGAUGGAAUGAGAAAGAGAUAGUGAUCUUGAAACAAGAAUGCAGUGCAGUGAUCCAAGAAGGCAUCCCACCAAAACUCAAAGACCCUGGGAGCUUCUUCUUACCUUGUACCAUUGGUAAUAUAAUCAUUGACAAGGCACUGUGUGACUUGGGAUCCAGUAUCAACCUGAUGCCUAUGUCUAUGAUGAGAAGGCUAUGUAUAGAAGAAGUGAAGCCUACAGAGAUGUCAUUGGAGCUAGUGGAUAGAUCCCUGGUGAUUCCUAAGGGGGUGAUUGAAAAUCUCUUGGUUAGAGUAGGGAAAUUCAUAUUCCCAGCAGAUUUUGUAAUCCUGGACUUAGGUGAAGAGGGGAAUGACUCUAUAAUAUUAGGAAGACCUUUUCUGGCCACAGCAAGGGCCAUCAUUGAUGUGGAAUAA